UUCCUAACUUUCUAUUUCUACUGACCUUUCCUUUAAAGAAAAAUAUAGCUCUAUAUAUGUUAUUGAGUGGUAAAGCGUCUCCUCAGAAAGAAGCUUCAAGUAAAUAUGGAGGAAGAUGACCUAAACCCCGCCGGAAAACCUUUGUACAGGCUUUACUUCAAGGGUUUGGUAACCGAGGAAAAAGAGAUGUUACUGGCAGGAUUCGGGGUUGCAAUUUGUGGUGACAAGGACGAUCUGUUGUUUGACUUGAAGGUUUCUAUUCAUGACCCUACCAUUACACUUUUGGAGGUUGAGCUUAUAGCAUUGAAGAGCGGAUUAAAUCAAGCCGUGAGUUUGGGGAUCAAUCAUAUCUCAAUUUGCUGCGAUCAUGAAUAUAUUUUCGAAUUGGUCAUGGGAAUAUCCACUCCUAAGCAAGAAAGCAUUGCCUUGCUACUGCGUGAUGUGCAAGGCAUCAGAAAAUAUUUGACUUCUAGCAUCCCUGUUAUGUUGACUCAAAAUCAGUCUAAUUUAGCCUACGAUUUUGCGAUAGAAGCAAUCUCUUCUGAGAUCAUCAUAGAUAUUCCUGCUCAGAAAGAAACUUGCAAUAUAUGUUUGAACGAUGACAUCAAUGCUGAUCAGAUGUUUUCCGUUGAUAAAAGUGGUCAUAUGUGUUGUUCUGAAUGUGUGAAACGACAUAUAGAGGUGAGACUACUUGAAGGAAGUUUGAUAACAUGUCCUCAUUAUCGUUGCAAUUCUCUGCUGACUUCUGUUCGUUGUGGCAACCUUUUAACACCUAAACUAAAUAAGAUGUGGGAGCAAAAGACUAAAGAUGAGUUGAUUCCUGUAAUGGAUAGAGUUUAUUGCCCAAACCCGAGGUGCUCGACUUUAAUGUCGGAAACCGAGCUCUCUGGACUUAACAUUGGAGUGAGGAGAUGCUGUGUAAAAUGUGGCGAACCCUUUUGCGUCAAGUGCAAAGUUUCGUGGCAUAAUAACUUGUCGUGCGACGAGUACAAGACGUUACAUCCAAAUCCUACAGAAAACGAUGGAAGGCUAAGAGAUCUAGCGAAUGAGAAAUCGUGGCGUCAAUGCAGCAAGUGUAAACACAUGAUUGAACUUUCUUCUGGAUGCAUCAGUGUAGUUUGCAGAUGUGGACAUACGUUUUGCUACCAAUGUGGAGCCGAUGCUGGAGAUUGCUUUCAUGGUCUUGGCAGAGAUGAUCUGGAUUUGACACAAUGUUGUGGUUCGUGCUGCUGUUUUGUUUUCUUUUUGGUGAUAAUUGCUAUUGUGGUUACUAUUAUAUUACUCGUAAGACGGUUCUCGUAA